AUGGAAGCUGUUGCAGUGCUAGAGGAGGUACUGGUUUCCAUUGAAAAUGAGCUGCAAGCAGUGGAGAUGCAGAUUCAGGAGCUUAUGGAUAAACAGCAGGAACUCAUUGAAAAGAAGAAGAGGGUAAAGAGCCUGAUAAAGCAGUCCUCAGGAGACGUGGAGGCAGGUGGAAGUAAAGACACCGAAACCUCACCUGAAGCAUGGAACAAAAACGAUUUUCCAUGGUAUGAGAAGAUAAAAACUGCACUGCAGAGCAAGUUUAAACUCCAGAAGUUUAGGUCCUUGCAACUUGAAACAGUAAAUGCUGCAAUGGCGGGAAAGGACAUAUUUCUUGUCAUGCCUACAGGUGGUGGGAAGAGCCUUUGCUAUCAGUUACCAGCUGUCUGUUCUGAUGGUUUCACACUCGUGAUAUGUCCUUUGAUAUCACUUAUGGAAGAUCAGCUCAUGGUUUUGGAACAGCUUGGUAUUUCUGCAACUUUAUUAAAUGCCUCAAGCAGUAAGGAACACGUGAAGUGGGUUCAUGCCGAAAUGCUAGACAGAAAUUCACAACUGAAGCUCAUUUAUGUGACCCCGGAGAAGAUUGCAAAAAGCAAAAUGUUCAUGUCAAAGCUAGAGAAAGCUUAUCAAGCAGGGUGUCUUGCUCGCAUUGCUGUAGAUGAGGUCCACUGCUGUAGUCAAUGGGGCCAUGACUUCAGGCCUGACUACAAGUCUCUUGGUAUCUUGAAAAGACAGUUUCCCAAUGCUCCCUUGAUUGGAUUGACAGCAACUGCUACAAAUCACGUUUUAAAGGAUGCUCAGAAAAUUUUGCAUGUUCAGAAGUGCAUUACUUUUACUGCAUCUUUCAACCGGCCUAAUCUUUACUAUGAGGUUCGACAUAAGCCUUCAAAUAAUGAAGAUUUCAUUGAGGACAUAGUUAAGAUCAUUAAUGGCAGAUACAAAGGACUUUCAGGAAUCGUUUACUGUUUUUCUCAGAAGGAUUCUGAGCAAGUUACUGUGAGUUUGCAGAAACUAGGAAUUAAGGCAGGGACUUACCAUGCAAACAUGGAUGCUAAAUAUAAGACCAAAGUUCAUAAAGGGUGGGCAGCAAAUCAAAUCCAGGUUGUAGUGGCGACUGUUGCUUUUGGCAUGGGAAUUGAUAAACCUGAUGUGAGGUUUGUAAUUCAUCAUUCUAUGAGCAAAUCCAUGGAGAACUACUACCAAGAAAGUGGACGUGCAGGUAGAGAUGACCAAAAAGCUGACUGCAUUUUAUAUUAUGGUUUUGGAGAUAUAUUCAGAAUCAGCUCAAUGGUAGUGAUGGAAAAUGUAGGGCAAGAGAAGCUGUAUGAUAUGGUGUCUUACUGCCAGAAUAUGAACAAGUGUCGCCGGGUCCUCAUAGCCCAUCAUUUUGAUGAAGUAUGGGAUUCUGCAAACUGCAACAGAAUGUGUGAUAACUGCUGUAGAGAGAACUCAUGUGAGAAAAUGGAUAUAACAGGAUACUGCAGGGAUCUAAUCAAGAUACUCGAACAAGCUGAAAAUAUGAGUGAGAAACUCACGCCACUGAAAUUAAUUGAUGCGUGGUCUGGGAAAGGUGUAUCAAAACUCAGGGUGGCUGAAGUUACUCCACCAAAGCACCCUCGAGAGGAACUGGAGAGAAUUAUUGCCCAUUUACUGCUGCAGCAGUAUCUGAAGGAAGACUUCAGCUUCACAGCAUUUGCUACAAUAUCCUACUUGAAGAUAGGACCAAAAGCAAGUCUGCUGAAAAAUGAGGCACAUGUCAUCACUAUACAAGGGAUGACAAACAAGAAGAGUGUUUACAAGGACAAACCCUCUCAAUCUUCGAAUUCGAAAGGAAGCAGACAAAAUGCUCAGACUGUUUCAAAGACUGUCCAAGAUUCAGUGGUGAAGAAGUCACAGGAACAUAAACGGCCUAACUGUGGUUCUAACUUAAAAGCAAAGAAGCUUAAGCUUCAGACAGGUGGAGAUGACCAACCAGUAGUUCUUGACUGAGUUUCACAGACUACAUUUAGGAUCCAAUCAUGUUUGCUUCUCCAUGGACAAUGCAGUGUGUAAGUUCAGUUUGUGUUCUAGUAAUGGUAUUUUUUGUGCAUUUUUUAAUAAAAAAAAAAACUACAAGGAAACAAGUAUCUUUAAAACCCUC